AUGGUGCUUGAUAUAUUGGUCAUGGUUCUACCAUUGCGGCAGCUUUACAAGCUAAAUCUUUCCGUCACUAAGAAGGUAUAUGUGAUGUGCAUGUUUAGUCUGGGUGUCUUUGUGACUCUUGUGAGCAUCCUGCGACUAAACUCACUCAUUCACUUUGCCAGCACCACAAACUUGACAUGGGACUACGUGAGCGUUGGCUAUUGGUCUACCAUUGAAGUUGACGUGGGUAUUAUUUGUUCAUGUCUCCCUGCUAUUCGUUCUUUACUCCGCCGAGUCGCGCCUGGAUUAUUUGGCGACACGGAAAACGCUAACUCAUAUGGGGUGAACUCUCGCUCUCAUGGAACCGGGUCUCGAUUUGAAGGAGCAAUUCACGUCCAAAGCAAGAGUGGUGACCGGCAUUUCUACCCCCUUGAUGACAUGGAUACUUCAAGUGAUACCCGGCUACACUAUUAG